CGAAACAUGACGUAGACAAUGGCAUUACGUCAUUCCUUAACUGUGAAAGCAAACACGUUGGUGUACGCUACUUACUAACUUUAUAACAUUCGGAUACUUAUUACUGGCCAGCGGAGAUGUCCGAGGAGGAGAGGCUGGACAUUCUGAGGAGGUGGAGGAUCCGAGACAACAUGGAGCUCAUCCUCGAAACGUGGCUCGCCAUACGGAGGCAGAAAAAGGAGCUGAACUUGAAAACAGAGGAAAUAAACAAUCUGUUAGAAGAUCUUCAAAACCCAGCAUUGUCUGGAGCGAGUGGGGACUCGAAAGACUACACGAGAUUGAUCUCACUCCUCACCGACGUCACACUUCAAAAGAGAUACAAGCAAGAAAUCGCGGACAGAGUCAUCGCCUUACGACUGCUCAGGAAACGACUGAUGAAGUUGAUCAAGAAGACAAACGCUGAUAUUAAUAUCCUCUGUGCAGAGAAAACAGUCGGGCACGAACAUCUGGACGAAAACAGAAACGCGGAUGAGAAGCCAUCGAGUGACGACACGUGUGUUGGCGAGUUCCAUGACGUCGAUGAAAACGAAUUCGGGAUAAAAUCUGGAUUGAAGUCGAAAAUAAUUUCGGUGAUACGAAGUUUAGCCAAGUCAAAAGACAAGGUCAAGGAUGAAAACCUUCCGUAUUACGUGGACAAAAUACCCAGUUUGGAGAGCUUGCUUUUAGGACCAGAGGAUGCCCUGUACUCUAUGCAAGAUGACCACGUGACCGGGGACAAUGUCACAGAUUUUCAAGGUGACCUCAUCAAGCUUUAAAUAAUGAAUCAAAAUGAGGCAGAGCCAGCAGGAGAUUGUCGCCAAUUGACCUCAAUUUUGUAAAUUUAGACUCAUUUACUUAAGACUACUGAUAUAAAAAUAAAAAAAAGCCAAUUCCAGACAGAUUUUUAACAUAGAGGAUUAUUAUAAUUAAUUAAUAGCUAAUUCAAUAAUAAGAAAUAAUCAUGUCAUAAAUGAUCACAGUCAAUGAUUCAAUAACGUUAGUACACGGGGUUUUUUCUUUCUCUUUCUCUGACUUAUUUAUUUAAAGUAUGACGCCAUAUAACCGUAAAUAAAAUGUGUUGUGUGUGUCGUUAAAUAAAAUAUUUAUUUCUAUUUAAAGUAAAAUGUCGUAUUAGUUAUAGGGGAAUACUGUUUCAAACUGGCCUAUCGUUUGUCGCUGUCGUCAAGAAACUUUAAAAAAACAAAUUCGCUUUUUAAGCUUAGUAUAACACCAAGAAUGAAUCAGUGUUGACACAUUUGUUGUUUUGUAAUUUAUGAGAAGAAAAAACAUUUUGACGGUAAGUACAGCAAAUGAUAAGCCUAAUGCAGCCUAUUUUAUUGUCAAGAACAAUAUCCGUAGGCACGGGUGCAGUAUUUCUGAAGGGGGGGGGGGGGGGGGUCCAUAUGUGAUGACUCAUCUCUCCCUUUACACAGUGCGCCUUACAGCUGAACACAUCAUGUUUACAAAGGGGGGGGGGGAGGAGGUCCGGACCCCCCUGGAUCCGCUACUGUAUCCUAAAUUACUUUAAAUUCCUUUCGUUCUGUGUACUUAUGUUACUCUCUUUAAACGAAAAUGAAAAACUGUAGCACGACUGUGAAUGCAGCAUUAUCAGUCUAAAUUUGAUAUCAUGAAAAGUUUUGCUCACAAUACAUUUCCGCUUCCGCCGGUUAACUUAUUGUAGGGUUGGUCACAAUGUUUACUUGUUAAUAUUUACUCUUUAUAGAAUAUGUUUACAAUGUAUUUGUUUUAAUUAGUUCUAGAAGCUGAGCCUUUUAGCACGACUAUAUUUUGUUGUUUUUAUUUGUGUAUAUUUAUUUUUAAGUUGUUGGAGAGAGAGAGAGAGAGAGAGAGAGAGAGAGAGAGAGAGAGAGAGAGAGAGAGAGAGAGAGAGAGAGAGAGAGAGAGAGAGAGAGAGAGAGAGAGAGAGAGAGAGAAUUCGGACUGCCAUCAGCUUGUAGAAACGCAGUAUAAUAAAAUAAAAUAAAAAGAAGAGAAAAAGACAAUUUAGUGUGGUAUGUUUGUCAGUAAAAAACCAAAAAAUACAUAAAUUUAGAAGAACGUAUUUCAUGUUUUCAAUAUUCAUAAAAUCUACAAAAAUAUAUAUUAAUUAUAUUAAUUAUUUAAAACAAAAUAAAAUAUGUGAACAAUG